AUGAUGCAAAUUUUUACUAAAAUUUGGAAUUUAUCACGUCCACAAUUAGUAUUGAGCUUCUAUGGAGAUUAUACUGAUUCUAAAGUUAUUCGUGAAAAAAUACGACGAUUAAUUUGGAAAGCUAGUGAAUCUACAAAAACAUGGGUUAUCACUGAUGGAACCAAACGUGGUAUAUCAGGAAUAGCUAGUGGUGCCGUAAAAGAUUUUAUUCAAGCUUAUGGAGAAGGUCAAGUUGAAGCUAUUGGAAUAGUACCUUGGAAAUUUAUAUCAGACAACAAAAUAUUUAUACCUGACGAUUAUUCCGGAUUUUCCUCAGCAAUAUUCUCUUCGACUGCAGCAGAUGACAACAAACAUUUUGUUUUGGAUCCAAAUCUCACUCAAUACAUUUUUGUAGAUACAGCCAAACAACUUAUACCCCAUUAUGAAUAUAACUUUAGGGCUUCAAUAGAAUUAAUCCUCAAAAAGUGGAAGUUAAUUCCAGAUGAUUCACCACAGAUCUUGGCAGAAGCUCCAAUCCAAUUAUGUGCAUUUCUUUCCGGUGGAGAUGAAUCAACACUUAAAGCAAUAUAUGGAACAAUGCAAAAUACGAUUCCUGUUGUACUUCUCAAAGAAACAGGCAGAUUAGCAGAUAUUAUAAUUCAUGAAGGGUCAACUGGAACGGAAACAUUUCAAUUAUCACCUGGAAAUAUUAAACAAACUAUGGAAUAUUAUUGGGAUCAUAUUACACAUCCAGAAUUAUCUGUAUUAAUGAUUCAAGAAAUUUUAGAGAAAACAUAUUUAUUUAGUAUUUGUGAAGCAGAAGGUGAAGAUGAACAUGGUGAAUUAGAUUAUCAUCUUUUAUCUUUAAUAAUGAAUCCUUCCAUAAAGGAGAAUGAAAAGCCAGAUGAACUUAACGAAACCCUUCUUUCUAUUGCUAUUGCCCUAAAUCGAAGUGAUAUUGCCAGGGAUAAAGUAUUUAUGGAAGGAGUGAAGUGGGAUAAUUCUAAAUUAGUAAAACAUAUGAAUGCAUUAUUAUUAUCAAACAAAGUACAAUUCAUAUGUGUAUUUAUUGAGAAAGGAUUCUUAUUAUCUAAUUAUUUAACUGCGGAAAGACUUCAAUUACUUUAUACACAAUCUAUUCAUUCAGAUCAUCCAGGAGAAACUCUCAUUAAUGUGAUUCGUGCAUUUGUUAAGUGUUUACUACAGGUAUAACAGUACUUGAAGUUAUAUGAUAAGCAAACUAAUAGUGUUCAAUUUAAUGAAUAUACUAACUAAAUAACACAUUUUAUUAACUUUAAAUAACUAAAUAUCGAAAAUUCUAAUAUUUCAAAGAAUUACAGUUUAUAGAAAUGUAGCAAUCACUUUGAAAAUAAAUUGCAUCACCAGUUGAUUUUUGUUAGAGGAUAUUGAGCACUGAAAAAUCUGGAAAUGAUUUUAAACAGUUGAGCAAUAAUUUAUUUAUUUCUAAUGAUUUGUCAAUUUAUGUUAAUUCAUUGUUUGAUGCUACUCACAAUCAUUCAUAACAGACAUAUUGUAUUUUAUGUUUGACUACUCAAUAUAAUAAUAUCGUG